CGGAGGAAGGCUCAGGUUCCGGCCCGCUUCACCUCCGCAAGGCCACCAUGAACAGGGGAACCUGUUUCAGGCACCUGCUCCUGCUGCUACAGCUAGCGUGGCUUCCAGCAGUCACUCAGGGAAAAGAAGUGGUGCUGGGGAAGGCAGGAGAAACAGUGGAGCUGCCCUGCAAGGCUUCCCAGAAGAAGAACAUGUUCUUCAACUGGAAACAUCCUUCCCAGGUCAAGAUUCUGGGAGGUCAGCGCUCCUUCUGGGUCACAGGUCUCUCCAAGCUGAAAGAUCGCGUUGAAACAAAAAAAAACCUGUGGGACCAAGGAUCCUUUCCUCUGAUCAUCAAGAAUCUUGAAGUAACAGACUCAGGGACCUACAUCUGUGAAGUGGAGGACAAGAAGACAGAGGUGGAAUUGCUGGUGUUCAGAUUGACUGCCAGCUCGGACACCCACAGCAGCAUCCGCCUGCUGCCAGGGCAGAGCCUGACCCUGACCUUGGAGAGCCCGUCUGGUAGUAACCCUUCGGUGCAAUGGAAAGGCCCUGGGAAUAAAAGCAAGAAUGGAGCCAAGAGCCUCUCACUGUCCCAGGUCGGGGUGCAGGAUAGUGGCACCUGGACAUGCACCAUCUCCCAGGACCAGAAGACGCUGGUGUUCAACAUAAACAUCUUGGUGCUGGCUUUCCAGAAAGUCUCUAACACAGUCUAUACGAAAGAGGGGAAGCAGGUGGAGUUCUCCUUCCCACUUACCUUCGCAGAGGACAACCUGAGAGGGGAGCUGACAUGGCAGGUGGAGGGGGCUUCCUCCUCGCAGCUCUGGAUCUCAUUCUCCCUGGAGAACAGGAAGGUGGUUUUGAAAAAGGCUCGCCCUGACCUAAAGCUCUGGAUGGAGGAGAUGCUCCCACUCCGCUUCACCCUGCCCCAGGCUUUGCCUCAGUAUGCUGGUUCUGGAAACCUGAGCUUGGUCCUUGCCAAGGGCGAGUUGAAACAGGAAGUGAACCUUGUGGUGAUGAGAGUGACUAAGUCCCAGAACGAUUUGACCUGUGAGGUGCUUGGACCCACCUCCCCGAAGCUGAUGCUGAGCUUGAAGCUGGAGAACCAGACUGCAAAAGUUUCAAAUCAGCAGAAGCUGGUGAAGGUGCUGGACCCUGUGGCGGGGAUAUGGCAGUGUCUACUGAGUGACGAUGGCAAAGUCCUGCUGGAAUCCAAGGUCGAGGUUUCGCCCACACCAUUCACCCCAGCCUGGCCAAAGCUCCUGGCCAUCGUGCUGGGGGGGAUCGCAGGCCUUCUGCUUUUCACUGGGGUCUUCAUCUUCUGCUGUGUUAAGUGCUGGCACCGCAGGCGCCAGGCAGAACGGAUGUCUCAGAUCAAGAGACUCCUCAGUGAGAAGAAAACCUGCCAGUGCCCCCACCGGUUCCAGAAGACAGGUAACCUCAUUUGAGGCACCGGCCCGGGGAUGCUUCCCACUUGCUGCCUCCCCAGCUGUCUUCCCUGCGUUCCUCUUGGGCUCCUGGACCUGUGGACCAGAUGAAUGUAGCAGAUCCCAGCGCCUCUGGCCGUCUCCUGCUCUCCUUGUCCACACUUGGCCAUGGGUGUUCCUCUUCCAGAGGCUUGUGCACACCAUCUCUUCCCAUUUCCUCUUCACUCAAGCCCUAGCCCUUUGAUUAUUUCCUCUUGGCUCUCUUCCCCCACUGCCCACUUGGAUCCCAGGGAAGCACGUGGGACCAGCCCCGCCUGGCCUGGAGAGUGAAGCUGGGCCUCUAAAGCGUGAAGCACAG